AUGAUCCGAAUCCCUCUCCAAGCAGUUCCCACUCAGGCAGGGAAGAUGGUUUUUGACCUUGAAGGGCUUAUCCUCCCAGCCCCACAAUGGGGAGAACGUGCCUUGCGAUGGGGACACGGGGCGCAUUUCCCGGGGGGAGCGUGCCCUGAACGCCUGCAGGGACACACGCCCCCACUGCCUUGGAGGUCGUUAAAGAUGAAACUCCGGCCUUUAGCUUGCUUAGCACGAAAAACAGUCUGGGAGGGCGGGGGCUCCGGGCGACAACGAGGGAGAGGAGAUGAGCUGCCCCCGCUGAAAGAGCCGCGGCCACGGCCGCUUCAGCAGCCCCGGCCGCAGCCGCAGCCCCGGCCCCAGCCGCCAGAGCCGCAGCCCCGGCCCCGACAAGCCCCGGCAGCCCCGGCCCGGACAAGCUCCGGCGGCGGCAGCAGCAGCCCCAGCAAGCUCCGCGGAGCCCCGAGCCCGCUCAGCGCAGCGCUUCCUGUCACGGAACCUGGGGGGAGGGGGGAGGAGGGACGGAGGAAGGGGGGCGCUCUCCUCGCCCGCAAGCCGAAGCAGGCGGGCAGCGCUUGGCGCGGGGACCGGCUGCUCCAGGGGAAGGCGCGGGCCGGCGGGAGCCUGGGGCUGGGGCCCCGCCGCGGGGGCCCCGGAGCGCCCGUCUCGGAGUGGUGGGAGCCCCCGGCGGCUGCGGGGAGGGACUCCCGCUCGGAGGAAGCUCGGGCCGGCCCCCGGAGCAGCACCAGCCGCCGCCGCCGCCGCGCGCCCGAGCCAGCGAGCCCCGGCAGCCAGGCACCGGGUCACCCCCUCCCCGGGAAGCCUCGGCGACGGCGGAUGGGCUGGAGCCUGGGCAUCCUCCGCUUUCCCCGCGGGGUUUUUAGCCGGGGAGGAGGCGGGGGCUAG